GUUAAGACUUACACGUAUAGAUUAAUAAGUGAAUGGACUAUAAUCUAUUAAAAACAAUUGUGUGAGUGGUUGUGAUUGUUUCUUUUUGUGAAUAGACUAGAAUACGGCCCCAAAAUUGAUCUGGAACUACAACGCCAGGCCAGUAAUGGCCAUUUUAUGAGAUCCGUGGGUCAAAUGUGUGAUGGCGGAUUCAGUGCCGCGGAGGGACUUUCAAGAAUGGCUUCCUUAGGUGGAGCCUCCUUGGGAGUCCCGCAAACCUUACAAUCGGGACAAGCGGCUAAGAAGCAAGAGGAUCAUAUCAAAAGGCCGAUGAACGCUUUCAUGGUUUGGUCAAGACUGCAGCGACGGAAGAUUGCACAAGAGAAUCCGAAAAUGCAUAAUUCGGAAAUUUCAAAAAGGCUCGGUGCUGAGUGGAAACUGUUAACGGAAGAUGAGAAGAGGCCAUUCAUUGACGAAGCUAAAAGACUGCGUGCCAUGCAUAUGAAAGAGCAUCCAGACUACAAGUAUAGACCAAGGCGUAAGCCCAAAACUUUAAGAAAAGAAGGUUAUCCUUACUCGAUACCCUACCCGUCUGUACCUAUGGAUGCGUUGCGAGCCGGUAUGGCAGCUAGUAGUAUGAGUCAGUCAAUGGCAUCCUAUUACAAUCCAUCUGCAGCUUACGGUUCACUCAGUGCAGCUUCUAUGGCAGCAGCGGCGGCCGCGGCUCAACAAUCUGCUGCGGCGAUGUCAGCAGGAUUAACUGCGCCAGCGCAGGUUGUAAGCUCUAUGGACGCAAUGAAAUAUUCAAUGGAAGCGGAUAAGUAUCGUUCACCCUAUAUGCCUCCUUCCACUCUUGCCAUGUCAAUGUACUCAGAUCCUAAAUAUAUGGAUUCACCAUCGAAAAGUUAUUUGGAACGCGGAUACCUUGAUUCUACAUCUGCUCUAACCAAAGCCUACUUCGAAUCAUCUAAAAUGUACAUGGACGCCAAUAUAGCAAAUAAAUAUAAUCCGGAUGCUACAAGGAGUUAUGCGCACGCAGGCUUAGAACUCGGAAAAAUGUAUUCAGACCAUCACCAACACCAGCAACAGCACAGUCAGCAAGUUUCGAUGAGUUCACCGAGAUCAUCAGAUUCUCCAGACGUGAAACCGAUGCAAGACAGAUUAGAAGGCAGUUCGUCAUCCAGUUCGACAACGACUUCUUCGGCAGGCGCUUCACCUGGAGGUCUUCCGGGAUAUUAUCCUUCGAGUGCAAUGCAGCAAAGUACCGCCGGAUUACUGCCGAUGGCGCAGUACCCUGGGCAAUAUCCUUCGCAGAUACCCGGUAGUGAAUUUAGGAAACCGCUUACAGUCAUAUUUUGACCAGAUAGAAUGUGAACGUGAUUUUUAGUGAUAUUUGUAGGUGAGAUUUUUUAUUUUAAAGUAACCGUCGUAGCGAUGUAUCGCCAUUCUUUAAGAUAUUUAAUAGUUGGAGAACCUGAAACUGUAGAACUAUUAUUUGUAAUAGUACGCUGGUUAGGGAACAAUUUACAAUCAUUCAUUCUUACAUGUAUAAAAAUAUAUUAUUUAAAGUUGUAAAAAAUAAAUAUUACCCAUUUUUUUCUUUUUCAAAUUCUUCUUUUUCUAAAACAAAGAGAAGUCUUAGAUCCGAAAAUCUAAAACUUCUAUAGUUGCAAUCAAGUUUCUGCUGACAACCUGAUUUCGUGCCUUCUAAAAUUUGCAAGGCAAACGAACGAUGAAUAAAGCAGAUUAGGGGGAAUCUAAGAUUGCAUUCCACCACCAGCCAAUUCAUCUACGAAAAAUUACAACUAAAUUAGAUGAAUUGACUGGUGGUGGAAUGCAAUCUGAGAUUCGUCCUAGUCUGCUUCAUUCACCGUCCGUUUGCCCUGAAAAUUUUAGAAUGCUCGAAUUCAGGUUGUUACCAGAAACUUGAUUCAUAUAUUCACACUAUAACUAUAUUUUGCAUAUCACCUAUGCCAAAUAAUGAUUACUUGCUAGAUGAUCUCGUUUAAUUACAAACUAGCGUCCGUCAGGCAUUUUGAAUCUGUCACUACAACAUAAACAUAAAAGCAAUGUACAUGUCACAGUUUAGUUACCCAGAAGUUUCUUCUUCUUCUUCUUCUUCUUCUUCUUCAGCCUGUUUGCAUCCACUCCUGGACAAAGGCCUCCCCAUGAGUUCUCCAUUUUUCUCCCCAUUUUUGCUUUGAUGUCGUCUAGCCAUCGUUUUUGUGGUUCCUCUACUACGACUGUGAACGACCCAGAAGUUUAUUGUUUUGAAAAUAGUUGGGGGGACGCACUUUAGACGGGCACUGUAUGAAGACAAUACAUAUUCAUGAACACAAGGACGCUUUACACUUUACUUUGCUCAGGCUUCGUGAUGAUCUUCUCACUGGAGUAUUAUCAUUAUUUUUACCGUCAGCAUUGUUAAUAUUUAUAUCUUCUUCAGGGUUGUUUUCUUUGUCUUCUAAAUUAAAACUCAAAUAUUUCUCUUAUGGCUCAUCAAAGUACAGACUUUAUAUGUCGCCUUUUGGUAGAAUUUGACAUGCCUGUCUUAAGAAUACUUUUAUUAGGAGUAAUUCCAUCGCUCGCUUUUAUACCUUGAGUAAUGUUCAUCAUGGUCAAUCCGGGAGAACCUUUCAGGAGUGAGACUGUCUUUUGUACCAUUGUUAGUAAGUGUUAAUUGUUUUUCUUAGAACCAUAAUUGCCCUUCCAUCACUUUUCAUUUCAUUUCUAGCUGAUUUAACGAUUUAUCUUAUUGAAAACGACGAAGAUGUAGUAUGUCGUAGUAUUAUUAAGACUUUACUACAACUUUUUUUUCGAUAGGAUUUCCUCCCUAUUAGUAUUAUUUUUUUAUAAUAUUUUUCUAAACUUUCAAAUAUAAUUAUCUAAAGUAAUAACUUGAUUAUACAUUAUAUCCCAAAUUCCGUGUCAUACAUAUUAUCGGCUUUUCUUUGAAUACUGAAGAUUUAAACUCAGAUAUUUAACCUCUAAACUGUUCAAACUUUUUAGUGAUGACAAAUUAGAUUUACCAACACAACAUUCAUCAUAGGUAUCGUUAGUUUCUUCUGAUAGGUUAUUGUUCUCUUGAUACAUUUCCCAUACCAUUCCCAUCCAUUUCCCACUUUGCUUUAAUUCUGGUAAUCUGAGUAUUUAACAAUUUUUCAAAUCUGUUUAGCCAAUUCGUUCUUCAGUUUGGUUAGAUUUUCAAUAUCUGCUCUUUUUUUAUUUAAUUUGAUGGCUUUGGUAAAGACCAGUUAGCCAGUAUCUGCUCUUAGAAGCCUUAGAACAAACUAACAAGAUAGUAAGCAAUUUGCAUGAAGAAUAGCGGAGAUUGAAAAUUUAAUCAAAGUGAAGAACGAAUUCUGUGAAAAACGUAGUUAUAACAUUUUCUGGUAAAACAAUUUUAUUGCGAUGCUACAUAACCUCAAAAACGGCCAAAAAGAGCUAAGUAUUUUUGUACUUUUAGACUGGGAUAUCUCAGAAACCAGAGGCAAUUUGGCAAUUUGAACUUCCUGAAAAGUAUAUUCUGAUCUCUAGGUCUAUAUAUUGGUCAAAUUUUGUUGUCCUAUGUGAUUAAAAGAAAAGUAGAAUAUGCCUGUCAUAUUUUGCAAUGGAAAAAAAUAGGACUAUUUUUAACGAUAUCAAAAAAUAUACUCCAUCUCUGAAUGAUGAGGAAUUCUAAUUCGAAAUACAUGAUCAAUUAUUGGCUUGUAAAUGUGCAUAGCAUAUCAGCAAUUUUUUCAUUUAAUCUUUUAUAUUCUUCUGAUAUUUCGAAAUUUUUCUUUAACAAUCUUUGAAUUUUCAGUCUUUGAGUUGCAUCAGCAUUUUCUUGGGAGACUCUAUCCAACUGUUCCGAAAAUUCUGUCUUCACUUUGGUUAGAUUUCAAAAAAUAAAAAAAUACCUUACCUCCACACCUUUCUUCAUAGUAAUGUGUAUGAUUCUAUUUUAUUUUUUUAACAUUUUUUUAAGAAUUUUAUCAAACGUUUAUAAAAUACUUACAUUUUUAACAGAAAUUUUGAAAAAAAACAAACUCUUAUUUUAUAUGCACUAUAAUAGCGAACAGUUCCAGGUUCUUCUAUUGCUGGUAAUUUUUGUACCUGCUUGAACAGUUUUAGGAAAAAUACUGUAAGUUAUAGUUUACUCUUUUCACUGAUGACGACCAUAGAACUAAUUCGUUUCUUUUGGCAGUGCCAACAACAUCAUUUCAAAUUUUAAACAAAAAUGUAAAGAUCAAAUUCAAACUCACUUUUAUUAGCUAUGAGUUGAAGGAGAGAAUGAGAAAAAAACAUGCCAAAGUUGUGUAUUCAAAGAACUAUUGUUUAAUAGAUUAUUCAAAAGUGCCGAAAGAAACGAAUUAAUCCUAUAAUCAACCAGUGCUACAAAUAAGGUUUGUUAUACCGUCUUAUUUUUUUCUGUUAUUUAAUAUAAUCAUUUUUAACUCACAGUUCACAACAACAGUGACUUAAAAUCAUCAAUCAUCAUCAAACGACAUCGCUUGAUGUCGUUUGACGCAGUGGCGGCUCGUGGCUUUAGGGACAGGGUCGGCAAGGUUUUGUCUCAUCAGAUAGGUAUGUCAUCUAAUUAAAAGCAGUGGCGGCUGGUGACUCAAAAAUUUGGUAGUUCUGCAGUAUUUUUUGGUUUUUUUUAAUUCAAUAUCUUUUAAUCGUUGUAUUUUACAACGAGGCUUUUAGUUUGAUAUUUUACACCAUAUAUUUAUUCAUUAUAUAUCUAUUAAAAAAUAAUAAAGAACUUACCGAUUUUCUUCUUUUCAAAUUGAAGAUAAAUCCAAUUAUAUCAAAAAUAGCAAUGAUACAUUAUGGCACACUAGUAAUUGUUUUUAGUAGAAUGUUUUGUUUUUAGUAGAAUUUUAUCGAUAAAUACGCGAAACUAAGGAAUGCAAACGAAAAAACACUACAAACAAAAUCGCCACAACAAUAAUUGCAUUAUAGGGUCUUACGAACUAACUACACAUAGAGCCAAAUAUAUUAUUUUUUUUUAUAAAUAAGCUCGAUUCGUCGAUUUUUUUUAAAGCAAACUUGUCUAUAACUUUUUCAUUAAAGUUUGGUAUUUCUUUUAUAAGUGUUUUUUCUACUGACAACAUGGUUAAUGCUACAAGUCGGUCUUCAGUCAUGGAAUUUCUCAAGAAUGUUUUAAUCCGUUUUAAACUCGAAAAGCACCUUUCAGCUUCUGCCGUACUCAUGGGCACUGUAAUUAGAAUUUGAAGCAGUUUUACAGUUUCUUGAAAAGGCUCUGUUAAAUAACAGAUAAUUCAGUCUUCAAGCGCUCCCUAUCUAAAUUUGGAUAUGACGCGCAAGUCAGGCUUAAAUUAUCAUCUGGGAAAUUCGCACAAUAAUUAUCAAAUUGCUCAGGAUAAAGCAAUGAAGUUGCAAGUAGGUGAUUUUUAAAAGCAAAUCUAUCAUUUGCACAAUUUAUGAUUAUAUCACAAACUUCGAUAGAUGCUCUCCGAUGAUCUACUGGACUGUUAUCCUUCCGUAACCUUUUAGUUGGUAAUGGUUCAACGCAUAAACUAGAACCUUGGUCAAUGGUAUCAUCUAUUGAAUUUCUAACUGAAUUCAUGUAUCUUUCGAAAUCUGUCACCUUUUUAUUGAUUUCCAAAGGAUCCGUUUUAGUCUUUUGAAGGGCAUUAUACAAAACGUCUACUUGUGGCAUUAUGCGAUGGAAAAAUGUUAACCAAAAAACAAAAUUUUGAUCUACUAGUAUUCUUCGAAUGGAAGACGCUGAACUACAGACAGCUGCCUUAUCAAACGAUUCUUCUAUUUCUUCCAUACAUUCGAUAAAAGA